ACAUACAAAUAACUGCCUAAGUCACAGCCAAGGAGAACAGGUAUGCUUUGUUAUUGAGGCACUUCAAAAAGCCAACAGCAUGAGCAACUUCAGAAGCCACGGUUUGGGGAAGUAUUCUAGCCGCACAUUUUCUUGACCGAGGUUUAGUCUCUCUUCACAAACUGUAACUUUCUUUGUCAGGUCCUCAGAUUAGAUGGCAGACAUGCCAGCAACGGUGAUUCACACCACCUUCACGAAGUCAAUAUCCCCAGGCCUGGACUCUUUGAUUAUUGUGGCAUCCCCUCGGGCACUGCUCCAGCCUCUGGGCCUUCUGAGGCUACUGCAGUUGUGUUCUACCGGCAUGGCUUUCCCACUAGUGCUCUGUAUGGGUGCCUGGAUGGGCCCUAUGGGAAGCUGGUGUGUGUUCUCCUGGUGCUUUAGCUUCGCCAUGACACUGAUCGUCCUGGCUGUGGAGUUGACUGGACUCCAGAGUCGCUUGCUCCUGUCAUGGCAGGAAUUCCCCAUCACCUGUGCCUGCUAUGCUGUUCUCUUCUGUCUGUCAUCAUCCAUCAUCUAUCCUAUUACUUAUGUGCGGUUCAUGUCUUAUGAUUACACCAGAAAAUAUGCUGUCUGUGCCAUUAUAUUCUCGUGCAUUUCCUGUGUGGCUUAUGCGACAGAAGUGACCUGGACUCAUUCAAGGCCUGGAUAUAUCACUGGCUACAUGGCCUCUACAACUGGGAUGCUCAAGGUUUUUGAGUCCUUCAUAGCUUGCGUCAUCUUUCUCUUCCUCAGCAAGUCACAACUCUAUGGGAAGGAACCUGCCCUGGUAUGGUGUCUGGUCGUGUAUAUCAUAUGCUUUAUCCUAACCAUGGUGGUUAUCCUGCUCUGCCUGGGGAAAUGUACCAACAUCCUGCCCAUCCCAUUCACCACCUACUUGACAGGCAUGACUUUCAUGUGUGUCCUCUUGUACAUCACCGCCAUUGUCAUCUGGCCUCUCUACAAGUUCAAAGAAGAGUUUCAUGGUUUACCCCAUCGAGUAAUGGAUUCGAGCUGCAGUUAUAAAAGUGCCCACUCAGUGUGUGUCUGGGACCGCCAACUGACAGUGACAUUCUUGACUGGAGUCAACCUGAUGGCAUAUAUAGCGGACUUUAUGAACUCUAGCUAGCUGGUGUACAUUGAGAUUCUAAGACCCACAUGUCAUGUCCAUAUGGCAUCAAUUUUAUUUUCCUUGCUAUCGUUUCCUGUCCCCUUUUCUUUAGACCUGGCUCGUUGUUCUCUUUCCGGCUUUCCUUCCUUCCCUUUCACCUGUUCUAGCUUCUUUUUCAUUUUCACAUCCUGUUUUGCCCCUGAGCUGUGUCUUCAUAGCGUUUGUCUUUAACACUUUUGUUUGUCCAAUCUAUAUUUUUCUGUUAGUUUCCUCAUCUUUUUAUUUCCUGGUCACUUUCUUUCCUGGGAGAGCACUCAGAUUUGUUACUGAUUUAUCCACUGCUCCCACCCCUGAAGGUGUUGGCUACACACACCCAGGCUCCUUUGCUGCUCUUCCUGCUACCAGCCUGAGAAGGAGCUUCCUGUCAAACUAUGGUGAAAUGUUAUUUUAAAUUUUCCAGUUUCUUAUGCAACACUGUUACUUUUACCUUCUCUGUGUUGUUUCCUCUAACUUUUCUCUAACUUUUCCUCUAGCUUUUCUUUCUAAGCCAAAACAUCAUCACAUGUCAGUGUCUCUCUCUGAAAUUCCUCUUUGCUUGACUAAUUAACACUGGAUGGGUUUGAUCUCAGAUCUAAUAUUCCAAAUCUUAUUGAUCCCAAAUAUGCAUAUUUUGCUUCAUAUGCUCAACUUCAAAUGCCCUUAUUAUCUGCUACACAGAAACCUCCUAAUGUUUAUCAAAUUUGUUAUUAUAAAAUUCAAACAUAUAUCAACCAUCCAAUUUAUGUAAACACAAAGCUGAUAAGAACUUCUACUAAUAAAAAGUAUAAAAGCUUAACUUAAGAAACUGAAUGUUUUAUUAUGCUGUUCUAUGCAGUUUGAAUGUAUAAGCAAAGCACUGUGGUAGGCGUUUCAUUGUAUUGUUUUCUACCUAUAUUAAUAUUUCCACUGGUUACCGAGCUUUUUUCUAUAACUAAUGAAACUACAGUUAUAAUACACAAUUUAAUAAUUAUGAUUUUA